UGGUUAAGUUAAUUUGUUUUAUUGUGUAAGCAGAUGGCGCCAAAGCAAAAGAUUAGGAUCAAGCUUAGAUCAUACUGGGUGCCUCUUAUUGAGGGCUCAUGCAAACAGAUACUUGACGCUGCAAGAAACACCAAUGCCAAGACUAUGGGUCCUGUUCCAUUGCCGACCAAGAAGCGUAUCUACUGUGUUCUCAAGUCUCCCCACGUUCACAAGGAUGCAAGGUUUCACUUUGAGAUCCGGACUCACCAGCCGAUGAUUGAUAUUCUCUACCCUACUGCUCAGACCAUCAACUUCUUGAUGCAGCUGGAUCUCCCUGCUGGUGUUGAUGUGGAUGUCAAGCUCUGA